AGCGCGGCCCGCUGUUGUUUGGGUCCGGCGGCGCUGUGAGGGCGGCGGGGGACGGUGGCCAUGGGGGUCCCCAAGUUCUACCGGUGGAUCUCGGAGCGGUACCCCUGCCUCAGCCAGGUGCUGAAGGAGCAUCAGAUUCCAGAAUUUGACAACUUAUACCUGGACAUGAAUGGCAUUAUACAUCAGUGUUCACAUCCAAACGAUGAUGAUGUUCACUUCAGAAUCUCAGAAGAUAAGAUUUUUGCUGAUAUUUUUCACUAUUUGGAAGUACUGUUUCGUAUUAUUAAACCAAGGAAGGUUUUCUUCAUGGCAGUUGAUGGAGUAGCUCCAAGAGCAAAAAUGAAUCAGCAGCGUGGGAGACGUUUUAGAUCAGCAAAAGAGGCAGAGGACAAAAUAAAAAAGGCAUUAGAAAAGGGAGAAACACUCCCUACAGAAGCCAGAUUUGACUCCAACUGUAUUACACCAGGAACUGAAUUCAUGGCCAGAUUGCACGAACAUCUUAAAUAUUUUGUAAAUAUGAAGAUUUCCACAGACAAAUCCUGGCAAGGAGUAACAGUCUACUUAUCAGGCCAUGAGACUCCAGGGGAAGGUGAGCAUAAAAUUAUGGAGUUCAUCAGAUCAGAAAAAGCAAAGCCCCAUCAUGAUCCAAACACAAGACACUGUCUCUAUGGCUUAGAUGCUGACUUGAUUAUGCUGGGAUUAACAAGUCAUGAGGCACACUUUGCGCUCUUAAGAGAAGAAGUCAGAUUUGGUGGUAAAAAAUCUCAAAGAGCAUGUGCGCCAGAGGAAACCACAUUUCAUUUACUGCACUUAUCGCUGAUGAGAGAAUAUAUUGAUUAUGAAUUUUCACCAGUAAAAGACAAGAUUUCUUUUGAAUAUGAUAUUGAGAGGAUAAUAGAUGAUUGGAUCUUAAUGGGUUUCCUUGUAGGAAAUGAUUUUAUUCCUCAUCUACCUCAUUUACACAUUAAUCAUGAUGCACUGCCGCUACUUUAUAGAACAUAUAUGGCCAUCUUGCCAGAACUGGGAGGUUACAUAAAUGAAAAUGGGCAUCUGAAUUUAAAACGCUUUGAAAAAUAUCUUACAAGAUUGUCAGAUUUUGAUCGUGAACACUUCAGUGAAGUCUUUGUAGACCUAAAAUGGUUUGAAAGUAAAGUAGGCAAUAAAUACCUCAACGAGGCAGCUGGUAUUGCAGCAGAGGAAGCCAGAAAAAAUAAACAAAAGAAACAAAAGGCUCAGGAAAAUUCUAUAUGUUUGGCUGCUUUAGAAAAAAAUGAAGGUGAAGUUGUGACCCCUAAAACUGUGUUGGAAGACGAACCAGAAGAUGAUGAUCUAUUUGAAACUGAGUUCAGGCAAUACAAAAGAACUUACUACAUGACUAAAAUGGGUGUAGAAGUAGUUUCUGAUGACUUCUUGGCUGAUCAAGCUGAAUGUUAUGUCCAGGCAAUACAAUGGAUUUUGCAUUAUUAUUACCACGGAGUUCAGUCAUGGAGCUGGUAUUAUCCAUAUCAUUAUGCACCUUAUCUGUCAGAUAUUCGCAACAUCGGCGAACUCAAAAUCAAAUUUGAACUAGGAAAACCUUUCAUGCCGUUUGAACAGCUUCUUGCUGUACUUCCAGCAGCUAGCAAAGAUCUGCUGCCUAAAUGCUACCAGCAUUUGAUGAUUAGUCAAGACUCUCCUAUUAUAGAAUAUUAUCCACCAGAUUUUAAAACUGACCUAAAUGGAAAACAGCAAGAAUGGGAAGCUGUAGUAUUAAUCCCGUUUAUUGAUGAGAAACGACUGCUGCAGGCCAUGGAAGCCUGUAAUAAGUGCCUAAAAGAAGAGGAGAAACGAAGAAAUACUCACAGUGCUUGCUUAAUGUACUGGUAUGACAAAGAAGCAGAAUUCCAGUACUUGUCACCAUGGCCAGAGAAAUUCCCUGCAAUAGAAAGAUGUCAUACCAGGUAUAAAACAAUACCUUUGGAUGCUUGGCAUGUAGAAAUAACCCACAAUAAGAUAACUAAAAUGAACAAGAGUGCAUUAUAUUUUUGUGGAUUUCCUACUUUAAAGCACAUUAAACAUAAGUUCUAUCUUAAAAAAAGUGGUGUACAGGUGUUUCAGCAAAGCAGCCAUGGAGAGAACAUGAUGUUAGAAAUCAUAGCUGAUGAGAACUCAAAAGAACAGAUGGUAGAAAAUGUUGCCAGCUUGGUACUUGGAAAGCGUGUUUUUGUUAACUGGCCACACCUUGAAGAAGCCAGAGUUGUUGCUGUGUCAGAUGGAGAAACUAAGUUUUAUUUGGAAGAACCACAUGGCACACAGAAGCUUUACAUGGGAAAUGCAGUGCCCCCAACUAAAGUGGCAUACGUUGGAGAUAAGGAGCAAAGCAUGUGGUUAAAAGAAGUUCAAGGCAUUUCAGAGCACUACCAGAGAAGAAAAGGAAUAAUUAUUCAUGAAACAUCAAUAGUUGUGUAUGCUCAGUUACUCACCGGUAAUAGAUACCAACUGAACCAAAAUGGAGAAGUUUAUUUGGAGAAGCAGUGGUCAAAACAAGCUCUUCCUUUUGUUUACCAAACUAUUGUCAAGGAUAUCAAAGCCUUUGACUCUCGUUUUUCAAACAUCAAAACUUUGGAUGACUUGUUUCCUCCUGGAAGUACAGCCUUUAUGCUGGGUUCUCCUUACUACGGCUGCAUGGGAGAAGUUCAAGAUUCACGUGAUGUGAUCACAGAAGGUAGAAUUCGUGUAGUUUUCAAUAUUCCAUGUGAACCCCAGCUUGAUCCCUUAAUACAGAACCAGCAUAAAUAUUCUGUGAAAUACAAUCCUGCAUAUAUUUUGGCCAGCCGUCUUGGAGUAAGUGGAUAUCUUGUCUCCAGAUUUACAGGGAGUAUCUUUAUUGGAAGAGGAUCAAAGAAAAAUCCUCAUGGAGAUCACAAAGCAAAUGUGGGGCUAAACCUGAAGUUCAAUAAGAAAAAUGAAGAAGUUCCUGGCUAUACUAAGAAAGUUGGAAAUGAAUGGAUGUAUUCUUCUGCAGUAGAACAACUACUUGCUGAGUAUUUAGAAAGGGUCCCUGAACUAUUUAAUUAUAUAGCCAAGAACAGCCAGGAAGAUAUCUUCUAUGAAGAUGACAUUUGGCCUGGAGAGGAUGAGAAUGGAGCUGAGAAAGUUCAAGAAAUUGUUGCAUGGUUAAAGGCACAUCCUGUGUCUGCUUUGUCUCGCUCAUCUUGUGACUUGCAAAUUUUGGAUGCAGCCAUUGUUGAGAAAAUUGAAGAAGAAAUAGAGAAAUGCAAGCAGAGGAAGAGCAACAAGAAGGUGCGAGUAACUGUGAAACCCCAUUUGCUGUACAGACCAUUAGAACAGCAGAAUGGGGUUGUUCCAGAUCGAGACGCAGAGUAUAGGCUGUUUGACCGUGUUGUGAAUGUGAGAGAAAACUUUUCCGUUCCAGUUGGUCUUCGAGGUACCAUUAUAGGCAUAAAAGGAGCCAGUAGAGAAACAGAUGUGCUCUUUGAAGUUUUGUUUGAUGAAGAAUUCCUUGGAGGCCUAACUAUAAGGUGCUCACCCGCCAGAGGUUAUCGUCUGCCAUCAAGUGCCUUAAUUAACCUUUCUCAUGGUAGUCGGUCAGAAAUGGGAAAUCAAAAACUGACGGCCAUAGUUAAACCUCAGCCAGCUGUGAAUAACUACAAUUCUUAUGCAUCUGAUCUGUCAUCUGUAUGCUCGCAAAAAGUGCAUCUCGGAGGCCUCAACCAUUCUCCUCGCUCUCUUUUUGUUCCUACUCAACAACUGAAUGGAAGACAGCAUUACAAUCUCAGGGCUGAAAAUCAGGGCAACUCUAACUCACCCCAAAAGGGAUCAUUUCUGAGUGGCAAUCAGAAAAAUAAAGCACAGAGCAAGCAAGAUGAUGAAUUCUGCAGCAUAUGGCAAUCAUUGCAGAGUUCUGGGAAGUCUCACCACAUCCAGCAAAACAUGCACGAGAAGGGUGCAGUUCUACCUCAGGAAAUCAAGCUGGGAACUGGCAAUCAGUUCUAUAAGCCAGGAUUCAAUGACAGCAGCUUUAAAGGUCAGCAAAGAAAACAGGAGCCAUAUAAAAAAUUUAAAGAAGAUUCCAAAGUUACAAGAGGUGAAAGUCAGCCACAUAAUAAAAUAUCAAACAAACAGAAUUUUGCAGGUGUGAAUAAGUACAAUGUCAAACUUCUGAAGAGGAAUGAAAGUCCCAACAUGCCUGUAAUUCAGAAGGCUGCAGUUGAUGGUCCCUGUACAGGUGGAAAGAAGGACAAUGGACUUGAAAGCCUUUUAGCUUCUUUGAAAAUUUCCAAAGAAAAUGAAGUGCAGACUUAUUCCAAGGAAGCAAGAGCUACAAAUGAAGAACAUCUGUCACCACAAUCAUUUGCUAUGAAAGGAACACAGAUGCUCAAAGAGAUUUUGAAGAUAGAUAGCUCUGACCUGGAAACAAAGAAUGAAGUGAAAUCCCAAGUUCAUGAUGUUCCUGCUCCCCCUAGUAGACAGGAUUGCCAUGGAGCUGCCUUGCAAUAUAGACAAACAAAAAAAAUGGCUGCUUAUAUGAACAAGCCUCAUAGUACUGGAGGCCCUCAGAACACACCAGCACUAGAAACUGGAGGUCACCCUUUUGCUUGCCCACAGCCUGCACUGUCUACUGUGUCUGAACUUUCUCGUAUUUGUUCUCUUGUUGGAAUGUCACAACCAGAUUUCUCUUUCCUAAAAACACCACAGACCAUGACAGUUUGUCACAUAAAAUUAUCGAAUGGUUUGUUGGUUCACGGACCACAGUGUCAUUCUGAAGCUGAAGCAAAGGAGAAAGCUGCACUUUUUGCUUUACAGCGUUUGAGUUCUAUAGGAAUAAACUUCCCUUUGCCUCCACCUCCACCAGUGUUUCCAAAUUACCAACCUCUGGGGGUUCCUGUACCACCUGGAUCUAUUCCUCCAGUAUUUGCACAACCCCCUGCUAAUAUAAUGCCUCCAUCAUCUCACAUGUUUGGUGCGGUGUCCUGGGGAACUCCAGUGCCUAAACAUUAUUAUGCUGGCUCCUAUCCAGGAAAUGUGUCUCUUGCGGGAACUAUACCAGUUGGUUCUCACAACCAGUUUAUACCUCUACAGGUAACUAAAAAAAGGGCUGCUAGCAAGAAAAACUUUGAGCUCAAGGAGUUUCAGAGUUCCCCUCAAGCUGCACCACUAAAGAAUGAACAGCCAGUGUCUUCUGACCACAUUCAGCAAGAUAGCUCUUCAGCUCCUUUAAAAUCUCCUCAAGCUGCUCAAUCCACUGUUUCAUUUCAAGACAAUGUGGCUACUCCAAGUGCUCCUCAUAACAAAUCAACACCAAACACUUCCAGCAAGCGAAAGCCAAGAAAGCUGGCUGUCAAUUUUGGCGCACCAAAAUCUUCAGAAUAAAUAUGGUAGCUAGGUGUAUUUUAUCUUUAACUCUUCCCCCACUGUUAUGUUCUAUCAUUUAAAAAAAUCAGAAAUCUCUAUUAAAAAGACCAGCCACUUUAAGUAUAAUAUAGAAUUAAAUCCAUUUUAUUUGCUAUUAUUUUCAAGUUGUUACGAAGACUAUAAAAAUUAUGUUAAAACUUAAUUAUUUUGACUUAAAUUAGCAAAAGCCAGGAAAUGCUGAGUUAAGGUUACCAUGCCAUCCAUUGUGCCUAGGUUUCUGAACAGUGGCUUACAGACUAUACCGGGUAAGCAGCAAUAACAGUGGCAACCUUAAUUCAGAAUUGCUGUGCUUUUUGGGAGGGAUAUGGUGCGGUAAUAAGUUGGGCAUCAAACAUUGCUUAGUAUGACACUUUGUAUUCUAGCUUAUUUUUAAAUAGCAUAAUAAGGCAGAAAGGAAAAAUUAUUUAAAUGCAGUUUUCAUAUUGGCUCUCCAGGUCAUUCUGAGUUGAAUCAGUGUGACUACAAACCUAACUACAGCGGAACUGCCAAAUUCGCUGUAACUAUGAACUGCUAGGAUUUGUACCAGAGGGCAACAACUUUACAACUUUCAAAAUGUAGGUAUUACUGUAUCUCUAGUACUAGAGUGGCAAAAAGUGGUUGCUGAUGCAGAAUCUGUUCCAGGAGACCAAUUUAUAGGAUGUAUUGAAUAAAAAAAAUACAUCUGUGAAGUAGACCUCUUUGGUAAAGUAUGUUUAAUUUUUUUAAACUAGCAGCAUUAUCAAUUUCAUUGUUUUCUGAUGAUAAAAUAACAGAUAUCUACUGCAGAUCUGCAUAUCCCCCUAAAAUGCUAGUGAUAUCCUCAUUUUUUUCUAAAUUAUAAAAAUGGGCAGAGUUUAAAGGUGUCCGUUUGUGUAUUAUGGCUGUCAAAGUAACGUUUAAUUAGAGUCCAUUUCAGACAAAAAGUUGACUUUCAUUUUUGAAGGGAGCUAUGUUGUAAAAGAUGUAACUCCAUCAUUCUUAGUUCAUAUAGGAGAAAAAGAAGGCUGAAAGGUCCCUGUACUGUUUUUAACCCAUGUGUUCCGUUCUUUUAAGAAAUGUUCAGUCUAAGAGAAAAUUCGAAGCCUCAAUUGGUGCUGUUUACUGAUGUUGAUUAAACUUCAUUUUUCUUCUUUAUUCUAAUCUGUUCCAGAAAAAAUACUUUUCUUCUAAGGCCCAGGAAGCUUAGAAAUAAAGCAUACUUUAGUGAUUCAUUUUGUUGCCUCUGUUGGAUCUGCAAGUCUGUAGACUUUCUUUCAGUUCCCCUACCUUGUUCUUUGCCUCUGUUUCUUGGUCUAGUACCAAGUUUCACGUUGUUACCAUGUUAUGGGAUUUUUUUUAUAUUGAUUUCUCUGAAACUAGUUGUUGCUUCAGCAGUAUUUGUUAGAAUAGCAGCAAGCCCUAUAAAAAGGAUCACAGAGGUAAAAACAAGGUUAAGAAAUUUCAUUUUGUUUUACUUAGCAUCACAAACCUUGUAGAAUAUUCUAUAUUAAGUCUUAAAAUACCUUGGUUUUGUUUUUCUAUUUAUAGACACCUAUUCUCAAGAGUUUGAAGCCAUAUUGUGUGAAAGGAAAGUUUUAUGUUUUGGUGAUUUGUUGUCGUUAGCAAUGCGAGACUGAUGCGAUGCUGACACACCAAUAUUUUAGAAGUGUUUAUGUGAAAUUUAGUUGUGAGACACAGAUGUUAUUCCCCCAUAGACUCUAUGAAUUAUCUGAUCAUCAAAGAUCUGUCUAGAAAUUCCUGUGAUGGAAAUGAGGCUGCAUUAGAUUCUUGCAUCGCCUAAUCUCCCAGACUCUAGUCUCCUUUAAACUUUACCACAAGUGUCAUCAUAAAAGACUAAGCAGUUGAUGAUUGAUAAACAUAUUGUAGUUUCUGUUGGAAUUCUGAAUUUCCUUGAAAUUACAGAAUUUUGACAUAUCUGGAUAGACAAUUUAUGCAGAUUUUUUAGAAACAAAGUUAUGAAGGACACUGUAUUCUUAACACCAGUAAACACAGCAAUUUUUGUUAUUAAUUAAUUACUUCAGACUUAGACUUUCUCUCCCUCUUCAAGUAGAAUCGCUAUAUUUAUUAUAUGUAGCUGGUUAAAUACUUAAUUCUGUAGCUGCUGCAUAUUGUAUUAGUCCCUGGUUUUUAGUUUAUAUAGUCUAUGAUACUGACUGCCUGGUGCCCAGUUAAUUACAGUUUUACAUGUCCCGGUAGAUGUAACAUCUGCAUUGACCUAUGCCAUGUCCCCUAUGAUUUCGGUUUUUAUAUUUUAACAAAGUGAUUAUGUUUAAUUCAUACAGAUAUAAAUUUAAGCAUUUGUUUUUCUCAUAGAUAUAAAGUAUUUUGUAAGCACUGGAGUUUUUCAUUAGAUCUUAUACAGAGCAGUAUUUUACUAAAAAUCCAAAAGGGAAGACUUUUAUGUGCGCGUUUUUGUAGUUUCUGAUUUUUUUAAAAUAACUUUUCAUUGUUUAUCUGCCAAGUGAAAUGUUUUAAAUUUGCAUAUGAAUGGAUACAGAAUGUAUUUUUUGUGCUGUUUAGUGUUAAGUGUGCAUUUGCAGAUUUUUAGCAUGUAGUUGCACAAAGGACUGUGCAAAGAUAUUUUAAAAUAUGAAUAUAUGAUACACUGAAGGAAAAACAUUCGUAAAAGUUAAAUGCUAUAUAAAACUUUAAUGCAAUAGAAUAAUUUUAUAAAUUGUGUCUGUGUCUGCUUGGAUUAAAUAUUGAAACAAGAAACAUUACUUAUUUUCACUGUU